AUGGACGUCGAUUCGACUAUCAAUCGACGAACCAACACCCGCACUCUGGCGAGCCCACCAGCUGGGGGCACUUCGACGCCAACGAGAGCAUCCAGACGCUUCCGUUCGGCUUCUCAAGCCGAGGCUGCUCGCACAUCCAAUGCAUGCCAGAUUUGCCGGGACAAGAAGGUCAAGUGCUCCGGCCAGCGUCCGUGCAAGUACUGUGCCAAGCGGGGUUUGGAAUGUGUGUUUUCCGCUUCGGAGAAGAGGAAGCUGUAUUCGGUCUCACAGAUUAGGGAGCUUGAGGACAAAGUCGCCUAUUAUGAGCGACGAAGAGGAGAGAGGUCGGCUCUCGAGGCCGCUUCUUCGACGCCCCCGGCUACAGCACCAGCACCGGCGUCGUCAUCAGCGCAGCUGCACAACGUCGAAGAUCCUUUGAAUGAGAUCACGGUGAUGCAUAUGUAUGACCAUCUAGAUGGUAACAUCCCAUGCCAAUCACCCGUUCCACUGGGCCAGCCUGGGCCGAUAAUGUCUCAGUCAACAUCAUCUCCCACACUUGAGAGGACGAGAACUUCCGAGGCCCAGGCCCAGACCACAUCAUCACCUGCUCGUGCAGGUAGAGCAAUCGCACCCGAGUCCGCCCUCUCCUCGAGCGAGACCUUCGGGUCCGAGAUCAAGACACUCCUCGUUUCCCGGUCCAAUCCCGGCUCUACCGCUAGUCCGCGGUCCACCGUCAACGCCGCGACUCCGCUUCCGCAUAUUGACAGACGCGCACUAGAGAUUGCGAUCGGAAGUCAGUGGCCGCCGGAAGAGGAGGCCCACGCGAUGCUCGACAUCGUCAUCUUCAACGUUGGUAUUUCGCAGCAGCUUUUCGACGUACGUGCCUUUUCGGACAAUCUAUCCAUCUUGUAUCACGAGUCCAGUGCCGAUGUGCGGUUGACAGAGACCUGGAUUGUGGAAGCACUGCUUGUCUUUGCGGUUGGGAGGCUCUUGCAGGGACGGGAUGAUGAGGACGGAGAACUUCCGGGGACGAUGUACUUCAGGGAAGCAGUAAAGAGGACGCCUUUGCUGAGUGAUUUGCGCAAGCAUGGGACUAUCGGGGUAGAAAUCAUGGCUUUGACCGCAUUAUACCUGCAAAUUUCGGAUCGGAAAGAUGAUGCAUAUCUGCAUUCCAAUACUGCCUUACGGCUGGCCAUCAGCCAUGGUAUGCAUCGAUCCAACAAUUCUCAGAAUCCACGCCGCUCGGAAAAUGUCCAUAGGAACAGGUUAUGGUGGUCUAUCUACAUGCAAGAAAGGAGGUUAUGUGCCGCAGGCGGAUUCCCCAUGUCCAUUGAAGACUACGUGAUAACGACAAAGUCCCCGUACGAGGUGCUGGGAUUCCCAUCCGCCACAGCAUUGGACGUCAAUGUUCAAGCGGCGAGGAUAACCGGAAAGAUAACCGCCACAAUCUACUCACAAAGAGACGAGCCUGAGACAACUUUCAUCAAUAAUGUCCAAGAUAUUCUACACUCCCUGUACGAAGUGGAAAAGAACAUGCCAUCCGAGUACUCGAUGGAGAUCAAGCCCUCUGGGCUAACCGUCGCAGGACGGCCCUUCAUUGAAGCCGCGACUACAGUAUCAAGAACUAGCUCCAGCUUGCAUAUUUCGGUCUACUCGGCUGUAAUACAUACCGUUCGGCCAAUCCUAUUGUACAUGGCUCGAAAUAGUCGCGACCCAGAUCGCGAAGACUACAGCCGUGUCAGGCCUGCACUCGUACGACUUGCAGAGAUUUGUGUCGAGACAGCAAGCAAGAUUCUUGUCAUCCUGCAAGAACUUCGGAAGAGUGAGAUACUUGCAAAGAACGCAUUUCUCGACCUAGACGCAACAUUCUCCGUGGGAUAUGUGUUUGUCCUCGUUCAAGCCAUAAAUCCUGGUAAAGGUCUUGGGCACAAAGGUAUCGACGGAUCAAGGGCCAUUCUCAGGUACCUUGCCGCCCUGGGUAAUCGACCUGCAGCCAGACGCUUGGCAGAACUCGACCAGAUGUGUUCGCAUCUCGCCCUACCUGUCUAUCAAUCUGGGCUCCAGGCCCCCGAAGAGUCAUUCAUGGAUCUCAUGGCGCAGCCCUUUUCAUUCUCGACUAGCUACAGAAACAGUGAUACGGCUCCAGAAGGACCAUCAACAAGUGAAGGUUCGGCAAUACCGAACAUCCAGGGACUAUCAAACGUCCAGGAUAGUACUGAUUCAACGUCGGAAGUCCAGGAAAUGGAUGGCCAGCACGACUUUGGCUUCAGUGGCGCUGACUUGGCGAGUAUACCUCUGGAGGGCGAGAACAGCCUGUACUGGGUCUACCAUACCCCCGGGUUCUCGUUUACUGGAGUCGAACAGGCGGAUUGGGAAGCUUUAGAGAACCAGAUUCCGUGGCAGCAAUGA